AUGAAGUUACGGGUCCUUGCAUCCCUUUUCGCCUUGUGCGCCUCGUUCGUUGCUGCUACCCCUAACCCAAUCCCAGGCAGUUAUCCCGCGAUCUGGUAUAACCCGUCCUCGAAGAAGUACUACGUCUUCAGUACCGGCGAGGGUAUCAAGAUCUUCACGGCUCCAGCGUUGACAGGUCCAUGGACUCGUACAAGUUCCGUUCUUCCAGGCGGCUCCAGCAUCAAUUUGGCCGGCAACAAGGACCUUUGGGCGCCUGACGUAAAUUACAUUCAGGGUCUCUACACUUUGUACUACGCGGUCUCGACGAUUGGCAGCCAGAACUCUGCUAUCGGUGUCGCCACCAGCCCUUCCAUGGAUGCCGGCACCUGGACGGACCUGGGAGAGGUCAUCGGCUCCGUUCCCGGCGACGUCUACAACGCUAUUGACCCCAACAUCAUCGAUGAUAAUGGGCUAAAGCUCUCUUUCGGUUCAUAUUGGGAAGGCAUGUACCAGAUUGGUCUCUGGCCGGGUGUGAAAGACCAGGCUUCGGCUCUACCGGGUACUCACCUUGCUGGCGGCAGUGGUCGUGCUGCUGAGGGCGGUUUCGUCUACAAGCCCAGGAACUCCCAAUAUACUUUCUUCUUCUUCUCCGACGGCGUAACGCCUCUGGCAGGUUCUACCUCCCGCCCGGCACCCGGCAAAGAAUACAAGGUCCUGGUAGGACGUGGCGCGAAUGCUAUGGGACCCUUUUACGGCCAGCUUGGUCACACUCUCACCGAGAAUAUCGAUCCGCCCACGGGUUCGCUCGUCCUCGGCUCGCACGACAACAUUUAUGCACCCGGUGGCCAGAGUGUCUUCUUGGAUCCUGUUAGCGGGAGGGACGUCAUCGUCUACCAUUAUGUUCGCAACAGUGAUCCAAAUGGCAGCCCAAGUUACCUCGGCAUCAAUUAUCUCGAUUUCUCUUCGGGGUGGCCCGUCGUUGUAGACUGA